CGACGAGGACGAGGAAAAAAAUAAAAAAAGUCGUGGAUGUUGACAAGUCAUGUGAAGUUCUAGAAAGAAGCACUCUUUGGUUCUGACUUCUGAGUUACUUCUGAGUUACAAUGUCGAUUAAUGUGAAUAUAUCUUUCUGACAACAAGCAAGUGACGAUGUGUGAAACAUGCUAAUUUGAUGAAUAUUUCUGAAAAUUGACUGAAAAAAGUUCAACAGAAAUGAAAGAAUUUAGUGAAGUCAGGGGAGGGAAACGAACCAAGUUCCCGGCGGACGAAUUAGUAGAUAAAGCUAUGGAAACCAUCGUGGCUAAUGCUAUUAAACUUAGAAAACAACAAGGUUUGCAGAGAAAUGAAGAAGACACGACGACAGGUGAACCUAAGCGCCAGGUCUUUUUCCCUUGCCCAAAGAAGGAAAUGGAUUCGUUUCAGCUUCAGUACUUCAACCUAACGCCUUCCUUUGUCACACGGAAACGGAAACCCGAUGGAUGCCCCGUGUCUGUUAACUCAGACGUGAAUUCGCUUAGUGUGGCUUCACACCGAUUAUCGCAAAGUCAAGAUUCUUCAAUCCAGUGUAAUUCUUCCCAAGAUUCUUUCAAUGAUACAGCAGCCACAUAUCCUCCUGCAAAAAGAGAUGGGAAUAUCAUGUUGAAGAAACAUCAGAAAGUACAGGUGGUAAGCCCAAUUCCCGACUUCAUGGCCAAGAAUUUUCCACUGGAUUUCCCAAAGGGUUUUACUGGAACGGCGUCCCCAGUAAUAUCUGAUCAUCAAAAAACAACUCGGUCGGAACCGUGCAAGAUUGCAACAAAAACUACGCAGUGCCAACAAGAGAAAGGUGACCAACACGAGAGGUACUCGUCAAAUUUCGAUGAUUUGGUAGAAGAACCGGUCAAAAACUCCAUGUUUUGGAUGUAUCGUAGCUUCCCACACAUUGCUUAAAACGAUCGCCAUAUUUUUUGUUUUAACCUUUGUCAUUCACAUUUUGCCACAUAGAAGAAAACAAGCCACAGUUUAUUUUUGCGUAAAUGCUCACCUUUUGUUUUCAUUAUUUUGUAUCUCUAUUCAUCAUUUCGUCGUAAUAUAAUUCUCGGAAAGAUA